CCUUAAUCUAUUUCAAGUUACUAACAAUACCACCCGCCGCCAUGGCUAUCCCUUCAACCUUCGAUGCAGUGAAAACGCAUCUUGCUAAGGUUCAGGAGGACCCCUCUACGCCCCUCGACACCUCACUCAUCGCCCGGUUGAAGCUCCAGCUCAUCGAUAGGACAGAUCCCGUUGUCCCCGCCACGCUCUUAUCGCAGAUCGCAGUACUUCUACCUGUCCUCCAAGAGGACCCUACACCCCUUACUGCACUUGCUACCGCCGCCUGUGCCUCUUUAAGUUUCACGGAUAUUCGCUCCGUCGAGCCGACAAUCAAUUUGAUCGAUGGCUUCAAGGCUCCGUCGGAACCCAUCAACCUUCUUGCUCUUUCACUACUGGCCAAAGCUGGACAGGCAUCUAGUGAUGCCGCGAUAGUCGCCGAAGACGCGGAACUGGUCGCCGCUCUGGUCGAGCUGUGGCUUUCAACUGCAUCAACGGCAGUUGCGCAAGCUGCACUCGAUGCGCUGUGGGCUCUGCUGGAGGUGGACACAGCCAGUCCUCUUGAACAAGGCGAAUACGACCAUACUAUCGAUGACGGACGGACAGGCCAGGGUCUCAUGUGGAGGAGAGUCUUUACAGACAAGGAUGUUUAUGGCCUGCUAUUUGGGCUAUGCAGUCUGAGAAAUGAUGCGCCAGGAGAUUUGUCCAAGCGUGAGCGGACUGUCGCACAAGGAAGAUUAAUGGGAUUUCUAGUGAAGGCAGGUCACCUACGCUGGGACAUCAUCUCCAAGUCUCAAGUCGCAGAUGUGGAGGCCAAAUAUCAAAGCUCCAGUCUCCUCGAUUUUGCGGCUAGUCGGAUGGUUGACCCGGGCGACGUGCUGAUGCACAUGACCCUCCUGGGCUUCUAUAGGGACUUGCUCGAUAUUGAUGCUCCAGGUCUAGUGGCUCGGGGCUCCGUUCAGUCUGUAUCAACUUUCUCUUCUCCUGCUCUCGACUUCCUCAUUGUGGAAAAGUUGCAUUCAAAAGUGUUGGAGUACUAUCUCGACGAAUCGAGGCUUGAUCCGGUGGAUCUCAUCUAUCUCGCCGGACCUGUCAUGGCUUACUUGUCAAAGUAUGCCGAGUCAUACCCCAACCAUUUUCUUACAAAUCCUUCAACGCUUCUCGACGGUAUCAUCGCGCGCAUUAAUCGGGCUCUUGCGAUUCCCUCCACGCAAUGGGCGCAUGGUGAAGUUCCCACGGGACAUCUGGCCGUCCUGGCCUCUCUGCCUCGGGUCCUGCUCGUCGAAGCUGGAAGGCAUGGUUCCAAUCCCAUGUUGAAUAUCCCUACCAGCCCCCCUAAUGGUCAGGCAUUGGACGUUCUUGGAAAGAUCUUCCAUGGUCCCUCCCGGACCGAGAUGCCCGAUGCGAUGGAUCUGAACACUUCAGGCCAGACCCCAACUGACUGGCACCAUGAAGCCGCUGCUGCCCGCAUACUAUACUUCAUGUAUCUCAACCAUAAUCCUGGAUUUUGGACGGACAUUGUUGCCGCAGCCGACAUCCUAGCAAUGAAGGAUGUUGCUUUGUCUGCCAUUGCUUUCAUGAAUGCUAUCGUCCUGGCCCACUGGCAACCCCUACCUCCGGCGUCGCACGUGGCCAACGUAUCAUCUCGCUUUCAGCUACCGUCUGAAGAAGACUUGGGACAGCUCUCACCUGCUUCAAGCGGUCUACUUCCUUUGUCCGGCCCAUGGGCCGUGCUCACCCCACCUGCUUUGACAACACUCCUGCCCUAUCUUUUCAAACCACCACGAUCGUAUGCCGAGUUUGUGGGAGGCGGUGCUGGCGACUCUCAACAUGCCGUUUGGAAAGUAGCUACGGCGAAACAUGAGGUUCUCGUUGCGUUGCAUAAUCGCCUGCGCGAAAGCGGUGGCCAAAUGGAAGGGUUUGAGGACAUUUUGCGAACCCUAGGACAACGAGUUAGUCAGGGUCCAGUGGGUCCCAUCCAGUCUACUACUGCCCAGGUGGCGGCUGUCAAUUUGUGAUGAAUCCUAUGAAAUUGAAGCAUCAAAAUGGAAAUGAAGCGUAUGAUUUUCUCCCAUCUUGUUGUCUCGGUUGAACACAGCUUUUACAAUAUGUAAUAGAUUACAGUCCUCUUGCUCUUA